GGUACAGGAAACAUAUUUUAGCUAAAUUAGAAUAUGAACAUCUUUUAAAUAAUUAACAUGGAUAUUCAAAAAGAAGUUAACAAAAGAAAUAAACAGGUACCAUCAAUAAGCAAAUAUUUCAGUACAUCAGCCGAUGCAGGAACAAUCUUUGAUGAAAUUACAUCUAACCCAUCAUUCCAAUCCGAAUCUUUUUCAAAUCCAACAAAUAUAUUCGGGCAAAAUGUUUCUUCUCUCAAUGAAAGUAUUAUGAAAACUCUGAAUGAAGAUAAUAUUCAUUCACCUGAUUUGAUGAUGAUUCCCAAUGUGAAUGCUAAUGUUAUAAUUGAGUCUGAUCGCAGACGAGAGGCUUGGCCCUGUAAUAAUGAUGAUACUCAACUUACUCUUCCUGGUGUGACUAUACAAGAUGAUUUAAGUGAUCCUAUCGAAGAAUUGGUUGCCCGUCAUUUAGGAGGUGAAAAUUUGCAAAGAAAUUUACUUACUCAUGCUGAUGUUACUCAAGAUGAAAGGGGAAUAAGAAAAUUGAUUGAAGCUAAGUGUUACAGAGCUGCUAUUAAUCUAACAAGUAGGCUGCUAACAGUGUAUGGACAAGGCUAUGGAAAAUUAGGACAACCAGCAAAGCAUUCUCCACAUUCGUUACAACUUUGGUUCACCAGAAUAGCACUGUUAGCAAAGAUAGGAUUAUUUAGUGUGUGCAAAACUGAAGCUGAUGCUUUCGGGUUGUUGGAGCGAAGAGAUAUAUUUUUCCAACAUUAUUCUGGUCUGUAUGAAAAUAAAGUAGGAUCCAUGGCUAGUUUUUCAUUUCGCUUAUUACUAGCAGAACUUCCAUCUCAUUGGCAGAAACCAAAGGAAUCACUAGAUCGAUUAUACAAAAUAUUAGCUGUUAUAAGAAAGAUACUUCAGAACUUAAACAAUAAUUUGAAUGAAUAUGGUGCAGCUACACCAGUUUUAUCAAAUGAAGACAGAGAAGAAUCUAUUAGGUUGUGGACAACACGAGAAGCUAGAACAUUACAUUCUGUCAUCAAUUCUGCCUUGAUGUUGAAGAAUUAUAGCCUAGCCACUCAAAUUUUAACGCGAUUAACAAAAUCAACUUGUUGGGGAGCUGCGCAUCGUUGCGCCUUACAUUCAGUUUAUGGACGUGUAUUGCUUCAGUUAGGAGAUAUAUUGGGAGCUGAAAAACAGUUUUCUAUAAGUAGACUUUUAAAACGUGAUCCAGAUGCUCCUGAUUUGCGCGAAAUGAUUGAUAAAGGACUUGUUGCAGUUGCUCAAAAUUCAUUGCAAGAAGCUUUUAUCAUAUUUCAAAAGGCUUUAUCAUUGGAUCCUACAAAUAUAAUGGUACUAAAUAACAUGGGUGUUGUUUUAUUGUAUUCUGGUAAAGUAAAAGAAGCCAUAGCAUUACUUGAAAAGGCAAUUAACACAAAUCCUGUAAGAGGUUUAAAUGAAAAUUUAUUAAUAAAUUUAUGUACAUUAUAUGAGUUGGAAUCAUCACACUCUAAAACUAAGAAGAUUUCAUUGCUACGCCAAAUUAAUAAUCUUAAUUUUGAUAUGACAGGACCAGUUCACAUGUGUUUGAAGCUACCAGUAUAGUAUAAAGAAAAUGAUACUUUUAUUUCCAUAUUCAAAGUUUCACGUGAUUGCUACUUUUGUUGUUAAUUUUAUAAUUAUUUAAUAUAU